UCUCUGCAGCAGCUGGUGGAGAGCAGCUGAUUGGUUCUUCUUGUUCCUGGCUAGUUGUUCCUAAAGAUGUUUAGAUCUCAGCUGGUCCUGGAUCCAGGGUCCUUCGGGGGUCUGUAACGUCCUGCCGGACCCUGAUACCCCCUGCAGGGGUCUGUAACAUGCCUGUGAGGGGUCAGGUCCUGCUGCGUCCUGUCUCUUAGCUCUCCUCUCCUUCUUCUCCUGGUUUCCUCUGUAGCAUCACACCUCCACCGACCAGCAGCGAUGUACGAGGAGGGGGACGAGGUGCAGGAGGACGGCGGGUCCCGGAGCCGGGAGGAGUGGACCCUCCUCUUCUGGACCUCCCUGGCCGUCAUCGUGCCGGUCAUCAUCACCCUGUGGUGCAGCGCGCAGCGCUCCAAGCGGAAAACGCACAUGAAGGAUUUCUUCCGCAAGAGCAAGCACGGCUGGCACUACACGGACCUGUUCUCCAAGCCCACCUACUGCUGCGUCUGCUCGCAGCACAUCCUGCAGGGGGCUUUCUGCGACUGCUGCGGGGUCUGCGCAGACGAGCAGUGCCUGCGCAGGGCCGACCGCAGCCUGGCCUGCAAGGAGAUCCUGGGCCCCUGCAGCCCGGACGGGGCCAUGGAGCACCGCUGGGUCCGCGGGAACGUCCCCCUGGCCUCCUACUGCGCAGUGUGCAAGCAGCAGUGCGGGACGCAGCCCAAACUCUGCGACUUCAGGUGUGUGUGGUGUCAGAACACGGUGCACGAUGACUGCAUGGACAGCCUGAUGGUGAAGGACCGCUGUGAGCUGGGCGAGUUCCACAGCCUCAUCAUCCCCCCCCACUACCUCUACCGCGUCAACAAGCUGCGGCGCCGCCAGCCCGACGAGUACAGCAAGCUGGCAGCUUCCUGUGGCAGCAGCUGGACUCCAGUCUUGGUCCUGGCCAACACUCGCAGCGGUAACAACAUGGGGGAGGCUCUGCUGGGAGAAUUUCGCACCCUUCUGAAUCCUGUACAGGUGUUCGACCUGUCGGAGCUGACUCCCUCUAAAGCGCUCCAGCUGUGCACCCUGCUGCCCCCCGGCAGCGUCCGGGUGCUGGUGUGUGGGGGGGACGGCACCGUGGGCUGGGUGCUGGACGCCAUCGACACCAUGAAGCUGAAGGGCCAGGACCUGUUUAUUCCCAGAGUGACCAUCCUGCCCCUGGGGACAGGAAAUGACCUGUCCAACACUCUGGGCUGGGGGGCCGGCUACGCUGGAGAGAUCCCUGUGGAACAGGUUCUCCGUAACAUCCUGGAUGCUGAGGUGGUUAAAAUGGACAGAUGGAAAGUGCAGGUGGCUUCAAAAGGCCUCUACUUCCGUAAACCAAAGGUUCUGUCCAUGAACAACUACUUCUCUGUGGGGCCCGACGCUCUGAUGGCGCUCAACUUCCACACACACCGCGAGAAAACGCCGUCCUUCUUCUCCAGCCGCAUCAUCAACAAGACUGUGUAUUUCCUGUAUGGUACCAAAGAUUGUUUAGUGCAGGAAUGUAAGGAUCUGGAUAAGAGGAUUGAGUUGGAGCUGGAUGGAGAGAGGGUGGCGCUGCCCAGUCUGGAGGGAAUCAUCGUCUGUAACAUUGGUUACUGGGGCGGAGGCUGCAGACUCUGGGAGGGUAUGGGGGACGAACCCUGCCCCCCCACACGGCUGGACGACGGUCUGCUGGAGGUGGUGGGUGUGUUCGGCUCCUUCCACUGCGCUCAGAUCCAGGUGAAGCUGGCCAAUCCUGUACGGCUGGGACAGGCCCACACUGUCAGGCUGGUUCUCAAGAGCUCCAAGAUGCCGAUGCAGGUGGACGGGGAGCCGUGGGCCCAGGGCCCCUGCACCGUCACCAUCACCCACAAGACCCAGGUCCUGAUGCUGUACCACAGCUCCGAGCAGACGGACGACGACGAGGACGAGUCCAGCGCCUCGGAGACGGAGAGCCCCACCCCCCAAGACUCCCCCAGACCCCCGGGGCCCGCCUCCGCCCGGGCAUGACCCCGCCCCCACGUCACGUGAUCUCAAGUCUUACUUUGUCUUCUUUUCUGCACUGCAACAAAAAAAGUGUUUAAAAGUGUCUAAAAACCAGAUAAAAACAGUAAAUCUGAGGGAAAUGAUCUUGCUGCAUGGACAGAUAAUUUACCUUGACCAGAUUUCUUAAAUUA